CACAUAACAUUCUAAAACUUCUCUUGACAAAGGGUUUAAUACGAGCAUGUCACCUAGACCGCGCGGUCGGCGGUGUCGGCGCGCCCGUGGAUGGAUGGCCUCUGACAGGGGACACAGGAGUACUGAACUUCAAGCAACCAGGCAUGCCCCCUCACACUGCAUGUGGCGGAGCGCUUUCCCUUCACAGUGGCAAGCGUCCCACACACAGCCCGCCAUCGCUCUGCGGCAACAUCACACGCACACGAUUAUUACACGACUGGACGACCUUUCUCACUUGCGGUCCCCACCUGUCAAGUACCGGCACUCGCCCAGCUUCUGCUGUCGUGUCGGGCCAGCUUCCGCCCGUUCCCGGCGCUUGGAUCCGCCGUCGUUGGAGUCGCCGCCGCUGCUGCAAACCCGCCGUGCAUUGCUGUGCGCAGCCGCAAGCCUGAGCACCAGUGUCAUCGACUUGAGCAGCAGCAGCAGCAGCAGCACCAGCAGCAGCAGCAGCAGCAGCAGCACCAGCAGUGGCCGCGGUGCCCCUAGCUCGGCCGCUGCCUCGGAGGCGGCGCGGGCUCAUCAGUCACAAAUGACAUCCAGCACGGCAGCAACACGCGCGGAGGCGGACCCAGCGGAGACGGUGGUGGUCACCGCGGCCACCACCGCUGCAGAUGCAACUUGGGCGCACCGGCAGCGGGUGGGCUCAGAGCUGCGCCAACGGCGCCACCCGCACCACCACCACUGCAAAAUAGGGCGCGAUGCAGCAUGCGGCGACUCAAGGGGCAGCCGCCACACUAGGAGCAUCGACACCAGCAGCGGCAGCGGCAGCGGCAGCGGCGUGCUAUUCCUCCAGGGCUGCAUAAUUAAGCAGCAAGUGAGUGCAGCAGCCGCAGCGGCAGUGGGGCCGCGUCUGGUGGCGCUGCUGGCAGCACCCCAGCUGCCUGCCGGCACCGGCGGUGUGUGCACGGUGCGGCGUGGGCAGCGAGCUCGGCGGUAUCUGGCGCUGGUGUUGAUGCUGGCGCUGAUGCUGGCGACUGGGUGCGCCGUGGGCACAAUGCCGCCGUCACGCGCCGCCGCCGCCGCCGCCGCUACAGCCGCAGCAGAUGCCAACGGCAUGGACGACAUCAGUACGGCAGUGGGUCCGGCGGCGGCACGGCCACAUGGCGGCGGCCUGCUGAGUCAGCCGUUCGUGGCGCGAGUGGCGGCGCCCGGGGCUGGCGGCGCCGUCGCCACGUCGUCGUCUGCAUUGCUGCCGGACGCCGCCGGUGGUGCUUCAGAGGAGGGGGAGCAGAUGGCGGAGGAGGCGCAUGCCCCGCACCACCAUAACAACAACAACAAUAGCCCGCGGCACUCACAGCAGGCACAGCAUGCAAGCAUGGGCGCACAGCAAGCGGCUGCUGCAGUAGCACCACACGGCUCUCAAGCGACGGAAGAAGCGGCGGCGGAGGCGAGCAGCAGCGGCAGCAGCGCUUCCGCCGAGCAUAUGCGGCGGCGCGGUUUGCAGGGCGCAGCAGGCAGCAGCAGCAACAUCUGGCGGGCACACGGUGUCGCCGGGGCAGGAAAAGGACAGGGCCCGCAAAUCGCUGGCAGAAACAGCGCCAGCAGCGGAGUGCAGCACCAGCAACACCGCCGCAACCUGCAGAACCAGCAGCCUCCAGGCAAGCCGAAAACCAAGUCUGCAGGCGGCGGCAGCAGCAGCAGCAGUGGCAAUAACAGUGGCGCCGCUGCUGGUGGCGACAGCGGCAACGCCGGCGGCGUGGGCCCAGCGGCGGCGGUGGCACCCCGCUGCAGUGCGGCGGCGCCGCUGCAGCUGCCGGCGGCGUUCCGGCAGCAGCAGGGCUUGCAGAGCUGCCCUCUGGUGGUGGGGUACCUGGUGAAGCAGGGCACCGCCAGGACCGACCCAGCCGCCGCCGCAGCCGCCAUCGCCGCCUCCAUUCAGAGCGCCGGCGGCGCCGCCGGCGGCGGCGGUGGUGGUGACGGCAGCGCGGGUGGCGGCGGUGGCGGCAGCGCACGCCGGCUGCAUGGCGUCGAUGACAGCGGCACCAAAGGCAGCGGGGGCGGGGACGGAGGCGGAGGCGGAGGCGGCGGUGGGGGCGACGGUUCCGGAGGCGAUGCUGGGCCGGCGGGUGGGAGUGGCGCUGACAUGGGCGGCAGUGGGUCCCAGGCCGGGGGUGGCGAGGGGGACGACGACUCGCCUCUGUGCGCCACUGCGGCCAUCAUCAAUAACGGCCGGGCGGUCAUGUACGGCUGGCAGCUGGUGUGGCGCUUCGCCGACCCGCGCGCUUUCAGUGCGGGCGACGUGCGCGGCGCAGUGCUGGUCACCGGGGGCGACGGCUCCCCAGUGCGGGUGGUGAACUCGGCGGAGGCCGCCACCAUCCCGGCCGCCGGCGGCGCCGCCAACUUCUCCCUGGCUCUGGCGCCCAACACCUCCGCCGGCCCCGGCUGGCGGCGGGCCGACACGCUGGAGUGGUCGGCUGUGUUCGUGAACGGGCAGCGCUGCGUGCAGCUGCCUAGCAGCUCCCUGGGGCUGCCGGGGUGCGGCCUGCCGUACAGCCAGCUGGCGGCGGAUCCGGCGGCCGCGGAUCCGGUUUUGGAUCCAGCAGGAAUGGAUCCAGGUGAAUCAGCCAUCAACACCUCGACGCGACCGAGCUUCCCGCCGCAAGCGAUGGCGCCGCCGCCGCCGCCAUCCGAUCUGGCCUGUGCCUCCGUCUUCUGCUGCGGCGACCUUGAUGGGGGAGGCGAGCCCGAGGCAGCCAGCGGCACAGGCGGCAGUAGCACCUACGGCAGUGGUAUAAGCAGUGGCAGCGCUGGCGGCGGCGGGCCAGCUACUGCGGAAACGGCACCGCCGCCGCCGCCUGCCCCUGACGCCAUCACUGCACUCAGCACCGCGCUGACUCAGCUCACACGAAUGGUGGCGGCGCUAACGCCCGCGCCGCCGCUGCCGCCUGGCGGCGGCGGCAGCAGUAGCAGCAGUAGCAGCGGCAGUAGCACUGGAGGCGGCAGUAGCAGCCCAGUGCUGACGCCGGAUGUGGUUGCACGGCUGCACGAGCUGCUUACGGCGGCGGCGGCGGGCGCUGACGUGUCAGUCGACCUGUUGGCCACCCUGCAGGAGAUCGCACAGCAGGGCGGUUUCAACGCGUACGACAGCAAAAGCCUUAGUAACCCCGGCGGCGGCGGCGGUCUGACUGUCAACACAACGGUCAAUGCCAGUAGCGGCAGCAGCGGUGCCACGAACCUGACCGCAGUGCUGCAACAGCUUCGGGACGCGAUCACGGCCCGCCAGGCAGCGCUACAACCGCCGCCGCCGCCGCCAGCCCCGCCACUGACCCCGCCGCCGCCGCCGCCAGCUGCUGCAUCGCUGCCGUCGCCUUCCGUGGGCGCCUCAGAUGGGCCGCCGGAUGCAGGCAUGGCGCCGGGUGGCGUCGGCGGCAGCGGCAGUGAUGGUGCCGCCGGUGGCGGCCACAACGACGGCGGUCCAGCCCACUCCGACGGCAGCGGUGGCGGUGACGGUGGUGGUGAUCCGUCGAGCACGUCUGCAGCGCCUGGGGUUGGCGGCGGCGGUGCCAGUAGCGCGGCACAGGCAGUGAUACCCAAGCCGCUGCCGCGCCCGGACAUAACACCGCCGACGUCGUCGCAGCAAGCAGACGGCAAGGACACACCUGACAGCAGCGGCGGCGGCGGUAGUGCUGAUGCCGCGGCGACGGCGGCUGCGGCUACGGUCGCGGCCGUGGCGGCAGCGGCGGCAGCACCAGCCGCUGCCGCGGGAGGCGACAGCAGCGGUGGGGGUGGCGGGGGUGAGGGUCAAGCUGUCAGCCGCCCUGGCAGGAAGAGCGGCGGCGGUGUUAUUGUCGGCGGGUCGGCAGCGGCGGGCGCGCUGGUGUUGCUGGCGGUGGCCCUGACGGCAACACUGAUGUUCAGGCGGCGCCGACGCCUGCAGCAGCAACAUCUGCUGAAGCAGCAACAGCAACAACGGGUAAUGGCAGAAGGCGGCUGCAAGCCGCCCACCGCCACCGCCACAGGCAACGCUGACGGCAACGACGGUGAUGGGAACGGUGCGACCACCGCAAUAUACGCGGCCGCCGCCGGCACGGCCGCCGCCGCCUCUCGGUGCCUAGCCCGCACCGGCUCCGGCACCUCCGCCACAGGCGAACAGACUUGGCGCCGUGACCCUCUGCUGCCCGUCCCGCCGUCCGCGUUUGCCAGUAGACGCCAGCCAGUGCUAGACGGCAUUGUGGAGCUCGAGUCUCCUGUGCAGGCCGCAAACGCCGGCGCCACUCCCGCUGCUGCUAAUGGCGGCUUCAGCAAGGGUGCUGACCGCGGCGGCGGCGGCAGCAUCGUCGGCGGCGGCGGUAUCGGCGUCAGCGGUGUCGUCGUCGGCGUCGGCGGCGGCGGGCAAGCUCUCCGCAGGGCCUCGGGUGCUAGCGGUAGCGGCAGUAGCGCAGUUGUGAGGGAGGUCGACGUGCGGCGGUCUUGCUCGCCACCGCUGUCGCUGUCGUCGCUGCAGUGGCACAAGGCCAAGCGAGUAGACAGCGGCGGCAGGCCGCAGCCGCCGCAGUCGCACAUGGCUGGCGGCGGCGCCUUGGUGGCAGAGUCCCGUGGGCCGCCGGUGCUGCUGCCAUCUCAAGGGUCGUUGGGACAGUACGGCUUUGGCGGCGGUAAUGGAGGUGUGGGCGGCGGCGGUGUGUUGGGUGAGGUCCGCUCUGCGGGCUGCAGCAGCGGCGGCGGAGGCAGCAGGGGCCGCAGCAGCGGCGGCGGCGGCGGCGUGACGGGCGGCGGCGGCGGCGGCGGCGCCACGGGCAGUGUGGUGCAGGUGCUGCUCGCCUCGAGCUCCUCGCUGCCGCAGAUGCUGAUGGCGCCGCCGCCGCCGGCUGCCACCGCCGCCGCCGGUACGGCAGGCGGUGCCUACGGCAGUGGCGUUGCUUACCGGGUGGAUGCCUGGCCUGGCGGCGGCGGCGGCAGCGGGUUGGCGGCGGCGGUGGCGGCGGCACAGGUGCCGUCGCUGCACCCGCUGCAGCGGGCCUUGUACGGGCCCUCUGCCGGCUCCUGGCCACCUCGCUGGCUGGUGCCUGCUGGCGGUGUUGGCAGCAUGGGCGCGGGCAACAGCAGCAGCAGCGGCAGCGGCGGCGGCGGCAGCGGCGGCGGCAGUGGCGCCGCCGCCGCCGCCGCCGGCGGUCCAGCAGGCGGAGUGCACGGGCUGACCCUGGGGGCGCUGCUAGGGGUGCGCCGCAUGCCCUACAUGACCACAGCAGCCGCUGCAGGGCCGAGCUGUCGGCCGAAGGCGCAGCGGGUUGCUGCGGCUGGAGCAGCAGUCGCCCAUGGCGAGGACGAGGAAGGGGAGGAGGAGGAUGGGCACGAUCAGGAGGGCGAGGAGGUGGCUGGGGCCCGCGGCGGCGUGGCGACUGGCGGCCGCGGCAGUGGCAGUGGCAGUGGCAGUGGCAGUGGCAGUGGGUGGACAGCGGUGCCUUCAGCGUCGCCGGCUGUUUGUCUGGAUGAGGGCGAUGGAGAGGCGGAGAGUGACGCACUGCCGCAACAUCUGAGCGGCAUCUCCGCGGGGGGAACAGGCGGUGCAGGGGUCAGCACUGGUGCCGCUGCUGCUGUGGCUGCUGCGGGCUCGGGGCCAGCAGGCGCGGUGCAAAAGUUGUCGCCAUCGCGCAUGUGGCAGUCACACCAGCACCACCAACAGCACCACCAACAGCACCAACAGCACCAACGGCCGCUGCUGCCGCUGCUGCCACGUCAUGCAACGCACGCGGCGUUCCUUGGCCGGGCCCGAAGCGACGCCGCCGCCCUGGUCCCCCCACACACCCUGUAUCAUCCCGCCGCCUCCACCUCCAACAGCACCACCACCACAACCACAGCCGUCGGGCCAGGACUUCCAAGUGCCGGAGCCAGUGCCGGUGCCAGUCCCGGCACUCACAGCCUCGGCGGUCGCAACCCGCACGUCCGUCCGCACGCUGCUGUGUCUUCAUCCGCGUCGGGCCGGCCAGCUGCAGCAGCAGCGGUAGCUGCAGGCGCCGGGCGGCUACUGCCAAGCACGGCCGCGGCUGCUACAGCCAGCCGUGCAGAUGGUCGCUGCAACGGUGGCGGCGGGCGGCUGCAGCCGAGCCGCUCAUCUCCGGCGCAGCUGCUGGGGCGGCUGGCACUGCUGGCGGCGACGUCAUCCGUGGGCGUGGUCGGGAGCUUGGCCGGUGCCGCUGACGGGGUGGCAGCGCCAGCGGCUACUGCCGCCACGCGUCGCAGUCGCCCGCAGUCGCACACACCCGACGCGGACAUGCAUACGGGAGCCGAUGUGGCAGCGGAGGCGGAGGCCGAGACAGAUGUGGCGGCAGAGGCGGCGGAGGCGGCGGAGGUGGAGGCGGUGGAGGCGGCGGAGCGUGGCACGUGUCGGAGGAUGGCGCCGCGCCCAGCACUCUUGGAGGGUCUUGGUCCGCCGGAGUCUGCCAGCGAGGCCGCCGCUGCUUCUACCGGUCUCCACGCCCAGUCACCAGCAACUUGGCAGCAAGGCCAGUCACGACUGUCGCCGCCACAACCAGCAGCAGCCUUCGCUCCGUCGACCAGCGCCCGAUAUUCGGUCGGCGCCGCCAGCACCCUCGGCGGCGGCGGCGGCAGCACGCGUGUGGGUGCUACUGCCACGGCAGCAGCCGGCGGUUGCGGCAGUAGCAGCACGCGCGAUGCCAUGGCUGUGUCCCUUGCGCCCACUUCGCUCUUUAGUGCCAGUGUGCUUAGCAGCGGCAGCUACGCCACAAGCAGCAUCGCCGCCGCCGCCGCCACAGCUGCGAGCCGCCGGCCGCCGGUGGCGGCUGAGGUGGCGGCUGCCGCCGCCACUGGCAGCCCACCCAUGAAGGCGGCAGUAGCAGGUGUGCAGCAGCCGGCGGCGGCGGCGGCUGUAGCUGGUCCACAAGGUGCUGCUGCUGCUGCGGGGGCUGCUAGCGGCGCGCGGCCACGUGACUCGCCACGGGGGCUGGCCGCGCCAGCCGCCACCACAGCAAAAGCCGCUCGUUCCUCAGCCGCGGCCGGAGCCGCCAUGCCACCCAACCCACCUCCAUCCACCAGCCCAACCGCCCCAACCGUCCCAACCGUCCCAACCACCCCAGCCGCCGCCGCACCUACCCCGCACGGCCUGCCCGCCGCCGCCGCCUCCUGGGUGGCCAUCGACUUUGCUCGCGACGUGGUGUUGCAGCGGCGGCUGGGCAGCGGCGCACACGGCACUGUGUAUCAGGGGCUGUGGGUGGGGCGGCCCGUGGCUGUCAAGGUGGUGCCCCUGCUGGACGGCGACGGGGGUGCGGUGUGCCCACAGGCGCUGGAGAGCAUACGGCAGGAGGUGCAGGUCCUGAGCCGGCUCAGCCACCCACACAUCGUCCAGUUCUUCGGGGCCUGCCUGGCACCGCCACACGUGUGCAUCGUGGAGGAGCUGGCGGCCGCGGGCUCACUGCACCACCGGCUGCACGCGCGGCGCCGCGGCAGCAGCGUCAAGCUGCACCCGGCCAUGAGCUAUGGCGAGGUGCUUCAGCUGGGCCUGGACGUGUCCAGCGCCAUGUGCUACCUACACCCCCACGUGGUGCACAGGGACCUUAAGCCGCAGAACGUGUUGUUGGACGGGUCGGGUCGGGCCAAGGUGUGCGACUUCGGCAUCGCCAAGAUCAAGGACCGCACACUGCUGUCCACUCGCAACGCACACGCCGGCACACCCGCGUACAUGGCUCCUGAGCAGUUCGAGGGCCGCCCCGUGAGCGAGAAGGUGGACGUGUACGCGUUCGCCAUGACGCUGUACGAGUGCCUCACCGGCGAGCAGCCCUGGCGCGACCUGCAGAACCCCAUGCAGGUUAUCUUCGUGGUGGGGGUGCAGUGCCAGCGGCCGCCGCUGCCGCCCGCCUGCCCCGCCGGCCUGGCCGACCUGGUGUGCGCCUGCUGGGCCGACAGCCCGGAGGAGCGGCCGACCUUUGCGGCGGUGGUGGAGAGGCUGAGGCGGCUGCAGGCGGAGGCAGUGGAGGCAGAAGCGGAGGGGGAGGAGGGGAAGGAGGGCGAAGAGGGGGAGGAGGGGGAGGAGGGGGAAGAGGGGGAGGAGGGGGAGGCUGGGGGGCUGGGGUGCAGGAGGGAAUGAUGGGGUGGAGUGGGGCGCAGUGGCUGGGCGUGGAGGAGGUACCGCGCGAAGGUGCUGGCGUGGCGGCGGUUGGGGUGAUAUAGCCGCGUCUUAGGUCGGUGCUUGGAUGGGGGCUGUGGGCGGGUACGUGUUCCCUGGUAUGGCACCAUCAUUGU